AACAUUGUUCGCGUCAUUAAUGACGUCACGAAUGACAUCACAAAUGACAACAAAAGCCAUGAAUUCAAUGACUUUUUUCUCUCUAAGACUUCUUCAGCGCCGACCCGGGAUCUGGACAACAGCCAAGCGAUCGGUUAUCGGCACAAGUCAUGCAUCUCAACGGGACGACGAAGUGUUUGCAUCCAAAUUGAUGGGAAGUGAUGCGGGAAUUGUGGUUUUGUCAUUGAAUCGUCCGAAUGGCGCAAAUUCAUUGUCGCGAACGAUGGCUUCAAAACUCAACGAAAGUCUGUAUCAGUUGUCAAAAGACGAAGAACUUCGAGUAUUGAUAGUGCGAUCGGUUGUCGCGGGAAUCUUCUGUGCGGGCGCUGACCUCAAGGAAAGGGCGACAAUGCAUGAGAAAGACAUUCCGCCGUUUGUGGCGAAACUGCGUUCGAUUGCGAACGCGAUUCACGACUUUCCGGUUCCGGUCAUUGCGGCCAUUGAUGGGGCGGCCAUUGGCGGCGGACUCGAGUACGCGUUGGCCGCCGAUCUUCGGGUGGCCGCUUCGAAUGCCAAAUUGGGAUUGGUCGAGACGAAACUGGCGGUUAUUCCGGGAGCGGGUGGAACUCAACGAUUGUCCAGAUUAAUUCCCAUUCAUUUAGCAAAAGAACUGAUUUUCACGGGAAAAGUCAUUGACGGACAUUCGGCGGCCGCUAUCGGUCUGGUCAACUAUUCGGUCGAACAAAACGCCCAGGGAGAUGCCGCCUACCGAAGAGCCGUCAAAUUGGCCGAAGAAAUGAUAUCCAACGGACCGAUAGCUCUUCGCGCCGCAAAAGUGGCCAUAAAUAAAGGCAUAGAAGUGGAUCUGCAUUCGGGACUGGCCAUUGAAGCCUCCUGUCACUCCCUCUGCGUCCACACUAAGGACCGCCUCGAGGGUCUCGCCUCCUUCAAGGAGAAACGCGCCCCCAAAUACCGCGGAGAAUAAUAAAG